AAUAAGCAUCCAAAAGAAGUAUCUGGAGGGAGAUUUUGUCUUUCCUGUGAGCAGCAGCAGCUUCCUACGGACCCUGCUGGAGCCCCAGCUCGGAUCAGCCCUUCUGACAGCAAUGAAUGCUUCGUGCUGCCUGCCCUCUGUUCAGCCAACACUGCCUAAUGGCUCGGAGCACCUCCAAGCCCCUUUCUUCAGCAACCAGAGCAGCAGCGCCUUCUGUGAGCAGGUCUUCAUCAAGCCCGAGGUUUUCCUGGCCCUGGGCAUCGUCAGUCUGCUGGAAAACAUCCUGGUUAUCCUGGCCGUGGUCAGGAAUGGCAACCUGCACUCCCCGAUGUACUUCUUUCUCUGCAGCCUGGCGGUGGCCGACAUGCUGGUAAGUGUGUCCAAUGCCCUGGAGACCAUCAUGAUCGCCAUCGUCCACAGCGACUACCUGACCUUCGAGGACCAGUUUAUCCAGCACAUGGACAACAUCUUCGACUCCAUGAUCUGCAUCUCCCUGGUGGCCUCCAUCUGCAACCUCCUGGCCAUCGCCGUCGACAGGUACGUCACCAUCUUUUACGCGCUCCGCUACCACAGCAUCAUGACCGUAAGGAAGGCCCUCACCUUGAUCGUGGCCAUCUGGGUCUGCUGCGGCGUCUGUGGCGUGGUGUUCAUCGUCUACUCGGAGAGCAAAAUGGUCAUUGUGUGCCUCAUCACCAUGUUCUUCGCCAUGAUGCUCCUCAUGGGCACCCUCUACGUGCACAUGUUCCUCUUUGCGCGGCUGCACGUCAAGCGCAUAGCAGCACUGCCACCUGCCGACGGGGUGGCCCCACAGCAACACUCAUGCAUGAAGGGCGCAGUCACCAUCACCAUUCUCCUGGGCGUGUUCAUCUUCUGCUGGGCCCCCUUCUUCCUCCACCUGGUCCUCAUCAUCACCUGCCCCACCAACCCCUACUGCAUCUGCUACACUGCCCACUUCAACACCUACCUGGUCCUCAUCAUGUGCAACUCCGUCAUCGACCCACUCAUCUACGCUUUCCGGAGCCUGGAAUUGCGCAACACCUUUAAGGAGAUUCUCUGUGGCUGCAACGGCAUGAACUUGGGAUAGGAUGCAGGGCCAUGGAAAUGAUCAUCAG